AAUUGAUCAAAAUAAAACCAGUGGUGACUCGGAGGCUGCAACCCAACACCAACGCUGGCGCUAGAGUUGCAGAAAGCUUCUAAAUCUGUACUGCACAAUUGCGAACACCAUAGCGAUGGCUACGGUGUUGCCUUUCAUCGGUAUUUUUCUGCUCGUAAAUACAUGUGCAGGCGCGGCUAUUCCACCGAUGAACUUUACCAGAGCUGAGUCAAACAGCCCAGUAACAGCCUCCCCAGCCAACAAUACUGCUCCUCCUACAUGGCAGCCGCAUGCUGUCCCUCAGGAACCUCACAUGUCCAGCAGUCCAAUGAAAGAAAUCAUUCAGGAAAACAUGAUUGGGAACUUGUUUUUCCAUUUGAAUGGGAAUGCACCAAACCAAUGGAACCUCAGCGCUGUCUUCUCGACCAACGUCGAAGAAAUCGAUACUGGGCACACAAGUUCUACCAAUCGUAAAUCUGGACGAGCUUUAAAUUCAUUUGAUGGCGUGUUCUGUGAAAAUAGAACUUAUCCAACCAUUCGCCUCGAUCCUGACUCAUUCGUGAGGAUCUUUUCGCCAAACUACCCCCAGAACUAUCCGAAUAAUUUCAAGUGCGGAUGGAAGUUACUGGCGGAAGAAGGGAACAGAAUCCGCGUUUUGUGUCCAAUAUUUAACCUGAGGGACGACGACUCGGUCUACGUUAAAGAUAUGGCCUUAAAAUCAAUAUUGAGAUACCAUGAAAAUCGCGCGAUGAGGAACGUCACUUCUGCCACCAACCAAAUGUUUGUAGGUUUGAUUUCUAAUGCAGCGGGCAGUGGGAGUGGAUUUGAUUGUUAUGUUCGACCCUUGCCUACAUUAUCCCCGGUGGAUGACAGCGUUCAAGUGAAUGCAGAGGUGAACGCCAAUGCCGACAUACGAACCAACGCAACGAUUAGUGAAAGCGCUACGACGAAAAUCAACGAAACGACGCAAGGAAACCUAACGGAGAUCAUAGACGAUUCAGUGAGGCUCCUAAAAAGAGUUGGAGAAGCACUCAACGAGCUGGGCAAUGACGCAACUCUUGAAUCAUCUCAAACUAAUCAAGAGGUGACGAAUUGGUCGUCUGCGUUAACGCCACCUUUAAACUCUAUUCUCUCAACGUCUAACAUGGCAGCAAAAUCAACGAUUAUGGGAACUACCCACCCAUCUCGAUAUUCAUCGCAUCCAGUUUCAGCUCCUUCUGACCAAGCCUCUUUUAGUUCACCAAGUUUGCUCCCAGCUUUAAGCUCUGAUCUCUCUAAUAACUCGACUCGGCAAAGUAACUUUACCUCGGCAUUUGAAUCUUCCGACACUGUGUCACGAAGCAUAAAUUCGUCGUUAACCUCCUCCGUGAGUUCACCACUGAAUAGCUCAACUGAUGAAACAACAAUUAUCACAAGCCUCAACGUUCCACAUUGGCUUCAAAAUUUGAUAACACACACAGCGGAUCAACCGGUGAUUGUCAGUGCUCCUCGAUCAGUCCAUAAAGGACUUACUACCUACACCGUUCGCAGCAGACCUUAGGGUAUAACACUCCUCUUUACUAAGGGUAAAAGAAAUGAAAGUGCGUCUUAUAAGCCCCCAGUAAACUGGAUACCUGCAUUCCAUUAUUAGCGUGCACCAGUAUCUGAUAAUUAUGGCACAACUCGUUAGAGAAAUACGGCUAGAUAUGUACCUGGAAUAGGCCUCUACAAAAAGAUCUUGUCGAAAAAUAAUCGGCGAGAAUGGUUUGCUCUGAAAUAUGGUUAGGCUUCGCCCAAUAAUCUUUCUUUAAGUAGCCUCUUCAUGAUUGCUAGGCAUGAUUAAAUAAAUAUGUUCGAAUCACAACACAUUUAUAUAUGUUCAAUUUAUAUUGUUGUUCACAUUACGUUAAUAAAUGAUAGCACUGAACCAAACUUUUGAAGGAAAAAUUCGUAAAAUUUGCCCGCAGGUUAGCUUUUCUCUUCGAUCUUGAAUCAAUUCAGUUCAUUGUAGCUAGAUAAGAUAUGUAUUAUACAAACAUUUUUUGCUUUUUUAAUAAAUCGCUUGUUUCAAAUUUCUAUGUGGAAAGUCCAGGAUUGUUAAAAAAAAUGAGAUUAAAGUAGCUUGCAACUUAUUGCGCGUGUUCUCCGUAGUUUAGAAGAAGAACUAAAUGUCGCUUAGCAUCAUUUCCUUUACAUGAGAAGAGAAACAUGAUUAAGCAAACCUAUAAACAUGAAUAUAUCAAUUAAAAUCUUGAUGUAUUUUUAAUAUAUUAUCUAGAAAGAAUCAUAUUAGAUUCUUGUCUGUGAAGAUGACUUUUGUAGCAAGUUUUGGCCCAAAAGAAAAAACAAAAGUAAUUGUUAGCUUUUAAAAAUAAAUUCUAGGUACGUCAACUGACUAUAUUUCGUUUAUACUAUCCUUUUAUCUUCUCAAAAAUUUUACAGAGAAAAAAGUUUUACAUAGAUAAGAAAAAAAAUUAAAUUUUUCUGAUGACUAGUAGUGGAGUCUCAUAACAAUAAGUUUUUGUCGUGAUUACUCAACGUCUCAAUGUUUGUUUGCAUUGUCGCAGUUCAAAUAAAUACGAGCGUGUGUAGAAACAAUUGUGUGUCUAGCCGCUGACGUUAUCUGAUUUGAAAGGUUUAUCUUCGAUUCAAGUAAAAGCAUCUAUUGGAUCACGAGUGACGAGUGAAUAUGUUCCACCAUAAAGACGCGUAUUACCCUAGAAUUGAAUACAAGUCAAAUCUAGAAGUAAAUCAAUCACGAAUUAUCACGAAUGAAAUAGUUCUCUCGCCGGCCUUCAUAGUUCAUGUAUGUAGUAUACUACGUGAUGCACUUUGACUAGUAGAUUGUAAAAUCUAAGUAAUAUUCGAGAUAUUGGAACUUGACGCUAUUGCUGUACCGUAAAAGGCUGUGAUCCCUUUCAAAUAAACUGGCGAGCUUAA